AGGGGGGUGUCUGUGUCACCCCGUCCCGGGUUUCUGUGAUGAUGAUGGAACUAUUGAUGUUCAUUGGGUGGCUAGCUUUGACCGGUGGGGACACGCUGCCCAAGGAGGGGGCACUUCCCCAGAAGGUGACUUAUGUCAAUCACCGCCUGCUUGCAGUAACUCCUCAAAACAAGGAACAGGCCGACUUUCUAGCCGAACUCGAGAACAGCGGUCACCUUGGGCUAGACGUGUGGAUAGAGCCCCGGGUCAACCACCAGGGUCGGGUCAGGGUGCCUCCAGAGACCUACCAGAGAUUCGUCGAUCUCAUCAACGCGGCGGGCAUUCAGCAUGAAGUUAAACAUGAAAACAUUCAGGAUCUCCUGGACAAUCCCCCACAAGAGAAGUCCUACAGCGGGGUCCAACACUACUUCAACGGCAUAGUCGACCACACAAAAUACAACGACCUCACUACGAUCAACAACUACAUCACCGGUUUCGCCAACAGCUUCAGCGGAGUGUCGACGGGGACCCUGGACCACACGACGUAUGAGGGGAGAUCGACCAGCUACAUCCAUAUUAACAACCCCAAUGUUUCUGGCAAGAAGCGUAUCUUCAUCGAAGCCGGGAUUCACGCCAGAGAAUGGGUUUCACCUGCCUCCUCGAUGUACUUUGUAGACAGGAUGCUUCACGAACGAUCCAUCCCCGGCAGUCAGGCCGAAUUUUUGUACAACAACUUUGAGUGGUACAUCGUUCCUGUCACCAACCCUGAUGGGUAUACCUACACACACGCCACUGACCGUCUGUGGAGGAAGAACAGGAACACCUGCAGUUCCAUCUUCGGCCGCGGUGUGGACCUGAACAGAAACUGGGAUGCCAAUUUUGGAGGCACCGGAUCUUCCUCCAGCUGUUUUUCCGACACCUUCCGCGGCGCCAGCGUCUUCUCCGAGGCGGAAACGAGAAAUAUCCGAGACUGGGUCUCCAGUAUCCAGAGCAACGAGGGCCCCAUCUCCGCCUACCUCUCCAUCCACUCCUACUCCCAGUACCUUCUCGUGCCCUACGGAUACGCCGAGAACACCGUGCCGGAUAAUAAUGCUGAGAUUAGGAGGAUCACGAACCUCGCCAAGGAUGCCAUCAGGAACCUCCCCUACCAGAAGGAGUACGUUGUAGGAACAGCACCUGAGAUACUCUACGUUGCAUCCGGGACGUCCUCAGAUUGGGCCCGCCUCAACGCCAACAUCCCGUACGCCAUGACCUACGAGAUGAGACCCGACGCCAACGCCAACUCCGGGUUUGAGCUUCCGGCCAGUGAGAUCAUCCCAACCGGCGAGGACCUCUGGGUGUCCAUGCACGCCAUUGUGUCGGAGUUGUAGCCUACAGCCCCUGCCCGCACCCCAGACUAAAUCUCGCCUCCACUCCCUGUGAUAUAACCCUGACACACGAUUGUUUUUUACUAUUUUACCUAUAUAUAUUGCUUAUGUGUUGCAAUGAUUGUGUCGAGAAAGUGUCAAUAGUUUCGGAAUAAAACUGUUUCAUAA